AUGUUAAGAAUAUUUAGUAAAUGUAGAUUCUCAACUCAAAAUUUUUAUUAAUUACUGGGGGUUCGUAGGGAUGCUACAAAUGAGGAAAUAAAAAAGGAAUUUCACAUUCUGGCCAAACAGCACCAUCCUGAUUCUCCCAAUGCUAAGGAGAGUGACCAAGUAUCAUUGAAAUUUAAUUAUAGGAAUUGUUUAAAACAAUUGUAGCAGCAUAUAAUACAUUAUCCGAUGAAAAUGAGAGGAAGAAGUACGAUAGAAAUUUGACUGAAUAACAGCAAUAACCAAAUGGGAAACAGUAGAAUUAAGAAACGAGAACUCAAUAUUCUCAACAAUGGAGACAGUAGCAAUAGAGACCUAUAAAUCCAAAUGCUUAGUUUUACUAUGAUUUUCGAAAGAAGACUCAAGAUUUCGAGGAGAAGGACUUUCAUAGAUAGAGACACAAAUUUAUUGAGGACAACCCAUUCUUCCAUAGUAUGAGGAACAGUCCAGAAUUGUAUGUAGUGAGUUUGGUGUUGUUUGUGAUAAUGUGGAGAUGGAACUCUCAGAUGAUUGAGGAGAGAACGUAAUCGAGAUAUCAGUCAUUUCCAGAGGAUCCUGAAUUCAUAAGAGAGAAAGAAAGAGAUUACAAGAAGCGUUAUGGUUAUUCGGCUUAUCCAAAUAAACAAAUAUUGUACAAAGUGACAGAAACUGAAUGCAAGUAAAGAGAUAAUGUUAAAUAAGAAAUAUUCCAAUUGACAUACUUGAUGAGAUGGAUGAGAGUGCUAGAUACAAUUUGGCACCUUUGUGUUAUGAGAGAUUGGAUAGAUUCAGAUCAGAAUAGGGAGCUUAGGUUAUCUAAACAAGUCAAGAUUCAGAAGAUACGGUUAAUAAAUACUUAAAAUUGUCAAAAAAAGCAUAAAUUAAAAAAUAACGUGUGGACUUGGAAGAUGAUGAAGAUGAUGAUGAUGAGGAUGUCUCUAAGUUAUACCAGCAAGCAAAGGUCUUCAGAAGACUCAAAGGUGUUGAUGGUAAUCAUCUCAAUUUGUAAAAUUUGUAGGAGAAUCAGUAAUAGUAAUAAUUAUGA